UCGCGUCAUUCCGUGACGAUGGUGUUGUAGAUUUAAUCCCCGCGUCGACGGAGGACAGUUCGAAGGAGAGACACGUGUCGUUUCCGAUGGAACGUUGCCGACGCAAAAGAAAGUAACUAUCAGCUGAAUCGCAGCAGCUGGUUCGAACGAAAGACUGACCGUUUCGCUGUCAUUACUAGGGGCCAUGGCAAAAACCUAAGCAGUAAGAAAGUCGAUCAAUCACAGUCGAUUAUUUUUGAAACGUUAAAAGAAUAACCGACUGUGAUUGAUGAGUUUGCCUACUACAUGAAGGCAAAUCUAUAAUAAAAAUCAUUGGAGAAUUUUCUAGCCGACGAAUAUCGACAGUUCACAAUAAUUGGCCAUUCUUUCAUUUUAUAUGUGUUAUUUAUAUUUCACAAACUGACAUGUGUUGUUAAAACAUAUGAAAUGUUUUUAGCAAAAUUUACUAUAUUCCUCAGUAAAAUGGACUUACUGACAGUCCGCACAAGAAACAGAAAUAUGAGCAACGUAAGAAACACAAAGUUACAAAAGUACAAGAAAUAUAAGAGAUAAGAGGGGAAAUAUAAAUCUGUUCAAACUCGGUCAACAAUGUCCACGUUUGCUUUGCAUUACGUUUUCGUUAAAAUUCAAAAUGCCACAUAACAGUGGUAUCUCGCGUAUUUCCACGCUCGAUCUGUGUAUCACUGGAAUCGGCAAUAAUGCCUGGUCGCAAUCCGUCGUGCGCAAAGAUUCCCAGGCGAAUUCAAAGUCGGGUGGAACGUAUCGCCGGGUACGGAUCUAUUUUGAAGAGGGAAGAGGAGAGAGUAAACCGCGAUUUCGGGCCGAGCGAACGGUGUCGGAUCGAUCGAUCCCGUGGAAGCAACAGCGGCAGAUACCAUUCGCUGCGGAUGAACGGCACGAGGGCGCCGAGUAAAUCGGGCAAUUCGCCUCGAAACGAGGGGAAACGUCAGGAUUUCGCGGGAGUCGCACGGCAAGAGCGUGGGAGACGAGCGAGGGAGAGGGAGAGAGAACGCAGAACGCCCUUUCCUUGUAAGCCGGCGACGUGAUGUUGGAAAAAUCGACGACGAUUUCAGCCCGUCGUGGUCGCCGUGGUCGUGGUCGUCGUGACAUCGAGACUGGAUCUGAAAGUCACACAAACGGGUAACACGAUGGAGACGAAUCCGACAGAAUCGAGCAAUGAUAGAAGCGGCUAUCGUCAGAGCAUUUUCGGCAACACCGUGUUUUGCAUGCCCGAGAGAUACGUCGAUGUCGUGCCACGUGGCAUCGGCGCUCAGGGUACUGUCUGCGCGGCGUACGACACUGUCACUGCGCAGAAUGUGGCGAUCAAGAAGCUGUCCAGACCUUUUCAAAACGUAACGCAUGCGAAGAGGGCCUACAGAGAAUUCAAGCUGAUGAAGCUGGUCAAUCACAAAAACAUUAUCGGUCUCCUGAACGCAUUCACGCCGCAGCGAUCCCUGGACGAGUUUCAAGACGUAUACCUGGUGAUGGAGCUUAUGGACGCGAAUCUGUGCCAGGUGAUCCAGAUGGAUCUGGAUCACGAGCGGAUGUCCUACCUCCUCUACCAGAUGCUGUGCGGCAUCAAGCACUUGCACUCCGCCGGCAUUAUUCAUAGGGAUUUAAAGCCGAGCAACAUUGUCGUGAAGUCGGAUUGCACGCUGAAGAUCCUCGACUUCGGCUUGGCGAGAACCGCCGGCACCACAUUCAUGAUGACACCCUACGUCGUCACCCGAUAUUAUCGGGCGCCAGAGGUGAUCCUCGGCAUGGGAUACAAGGAGAACGUGGAUAUCUGGUCGGUGGGCUGUAUCAUGGGCGAGAUGAUACGGGGCGGAGUGCUCUUCCCGGGCACGGAUCACAUCGAUCAGUGGAACAAAAUAAUCGAGCAACUAGGCACUCCGGCGCAGGAAUUCAUGCAGCGGCUGCAACCUACUGUCAGGAAUUAUGUGGAGAAUAGGCCGCGAUAUCCGGGCUACCCCUUCGAAAGGCUAUUUCCGGACGUGCUGUUCCCCUCGGACUCGUCGGAGCACAAUAGAUUAAAAGCGAGCCAAGCCAGGGAUCUAUUGUCGCGCAUGCUCGUCAUCGACCCGGAGCGACGCAUUUCCGUCGACGAGGCGUUGCUGCACAAUUACAUAAAUGUCUGGUACGACGAGGGAGAAGUUAAUGCUCCCGCGCCAGGACCGUAUGAUCACAGCGUGGACGAGAGGGAGCACACAGUGGAUCAGUGGAAGGAGCUGAUCUACCAAGAAGUCAUGGAGUACGAGACAAGCCACAAUCCCGCGGCGGUAGCUGCGUCGUCAGAGAGCUCUGGAAGCCGGUAGAUACAGCGGAGCCCAUCAGACUCCUUCUCGUCGAGGAAACAUCCCGACAGUCUGACUUACCGCGUCGACAUUGCCGGAGCAUGAGAGGGAGAGAAAGUGAGAGAAAGAAAGAAAGAAAGAGAGAAGGGCCCAAAGGAAGGAAAGAAGGAAAGUGCGUCGACGUCCACGGGAUAUCGGGCGAUACCGAUCUCCCUCUGGCCUCUCCUUCGAAGAAGAACCGCGUACGGAGCAAUGGAAAAGGCGGAAUGUGAGAGAAGAAGCUCACUCUAUCGAGCGUCGCCAGUCUCGGGAAAUCGCGGAGGGCUUCCUCGGGCAGUGCGCGCGUGACCGGAGCAGCACGACAGAUUGAAACGGAUCUCGGAGACGUCGUCGCUACGUAGACGAGAAGCGCGUUCACUCGCUCGCUCGCUCGCUCACUCACUCACCGACUCACUCAUUCGCCUGCUCACUCGCGCGUUCAUCGCACUCGAUCUCCGCUUGAGAGAUCUUCUUUCUCUUCUCUUCCCUCACUUCGCCGGCCAACCUUCGCUGAGAAGCAGAAUCCGAAGCAGUUCCCCGCAACGAGAGCUAGAAAGAGAGACAGAACGCCCCUUUUUUUUGCGGAGGCUAACCGCUGUGCAGUGCUCGGGACAUCCUCUUAGCUCUUUUUCGUACAUUUCAUACAAGGGCGCGGAAGUCAGGAAAGAAGAAGAAUCGCGCAGUAGGGAGGCGGGAAGAAGAAGAAAAAGAAGAAGUGGUCGUGCGUCCAGGAAGAGCAUUCCUUUCUCCUGGAUAUCCUUCCGUGGCACGUAAUACGCGCGCAACGCGUCGGUGGCGAGUUGCUUUCGGAGAGAAGAGGAUCAGAGGGAGCGAGCGAUCGAACUGCCGUUGGACGAAGUUAUCGUUGCAAGUUGUCGUCCCCUCAACUACUGCCAACCUGGGUUGGACGAGGCUCUCUCUUAUCCUCUCGAUUCGUCUCUUCGAUCGACAAACGCGCUUCCCGAACAUCUCCGGCGACACACCCUCCUCUCCCAAAAGCCCCUGUCUUACGACACGAUAUUUCUACCUCAGUCCCUUCACUGCGUCUGCUUGACUCUCUUCUUUAGUACGAGUGCCCUUAUUCGCUGUUCGAUUUGAAGAAGCUGUGUAACCGUCGGUGGCCACUUACGAAUGGUUGUUCCCGAUCCCCCCGUUGUUCGGCAAUCGGACACCGCUCUCACACAGCACAUCUUAUAGCAAUAAAGUUAACGUGGUAGUGCAGAGAAUCAAGUUAGAAAUAUCGUGCCUCGGAUGAGGCUUUCUCCAAAUCUUAUCAUCGUCGGAGCUGGACCGUCCCUUCAAUUCUCAUAUCCCGUUUUCGAUACCGAGUGUUAAAGACGUUUGACGACGUUCGGGAUGUAAAGUAAGGAGGACUGAUGAAAAGCACUGUCGAUCUCGCAAAUCGACGGCCGACCGUCGUCACCGAGGGGAGAAUCGAUCGAGCGCAUUUAUCGUUUGCGCGCGGACAACAUAUAUACAUAUAUUUUUCGUACCAUUGUUAAGCACGGGAACACAUACUUCUCUCUCAAUCACAUAUAUAUUAUAACUCAAUGCGACUAUCCUACGACUUUCGGGUAUGGUGUCACGGUACAAAGACCACGUAAGGGGAUAAGGAGAAAUUUAUCACAGAGCUUAUAGUCGCUCGAUCGUAGCCCGUCGGUCGCGGCGGUCGACCGCCGGGACGCGGACGAUCCGUUGAAAUUCGAACGUUUCGCUGAAGCCACAGAUCGCUUCGAGCGAGGGGAAAAAGUGAGUUUGGUACAUAUAUAAAUAUAUAUAUUAUAUAUAUGUGUGUACAUUAAUUUGUGAACCGCGCACGGUUCUCUACGUACGAGACGCGUGUCGCGCCCUCUGUGAGCGCGCUCGCGAACAACGCAGGGGAAGCCGAAGCCGUACGCUUGCAAAUGUCGAGUCUCGAGUCGUUGUGAAACGAUCGACGAGGUGUGAGAUUUUUGUACAUAAAAAUUCCCGCAAGAAUAAAAAAGAAACGAAAGAGUGAAAGGAAGAAACGCGCUGGACGUGCCAGAACGCCGCGAACGAGAGAGUGUCUGCGCGAUCUCUCGCGACAUACCGAUUCUUUUCGUCUCCGCUCUGUGCGCUUUCAUCUCAAUCAGUGCCAGUAACGGAUGCAAUCGAGUACAUGUUAUUCGUAUCAUUUCGUAGAAUCAUUGAGGGAUCGGCGAACGUGCUGCUUAAUUUCAAUCGAGUCGCCAAAAAAAGGGAGAGGAGAGAGAAAGAGAGAGAGGUAGGUAGAGAAAGAAAAAAAGAAAGGAAUCAGUGCAAUGUCACAACGAUCGAUCAUAGUAACGUUGCGCCAAGUACUCUCCGCGAUCCCGCAAUUACCGAUUAUAUUCUUAGCUGAGGUAGUAAGUAGUAGCGUUAAUCGAUACUUGUAUCAUCUUCUCGUGCAAUGUCGCGUGCGGCGCGCUUCGCACGACGAGCGGCGACUCGCUCACGGUGCUCUUAACCAGCAAUCUCUUGCAAUCGGCGAAAGAAACAGAGCGAUUCGAGUGGCGCGAAUCGAUGCAAUAAGUCGCGGUGGGCGGACAUAAAUAUAUCCACUAUAAUCGAUCGCAAGCACGUUAAGAAGCGGCGGCGUUAAGAGGAGACGAUUUCGCACUUAAAUUCGUUUCGCGAAGACACAAAUCCUCGAGAGGACGUUUAAGUGAAUUUUUAUUCCCUUCGGAUCGUGUGUGUUUCGUAUUGCGAUAGAGAAUAGGUGCAGUUAAUAAGGAGAUUGAGGAGGGGAAUGGGCGGAGGGGGGAAGAUGGAAGUGAGGCAGGUGGACAUAUACGGGGGUGGGUGAGAGGAGCGGUGUUGGUUCUUCGACGGAAACGCGAAGCGGCGACAGUCGUGAUUAAUGGACCGAGCGAGGGUGGGGCCGGGCUGGUAAGAUCGACGAUGCUGACGACGUUGACGAUGAUAAUGACGUUGACGUAACGACGACGACGACGACGACGGCCACGACUACGACGACGAUUCAGUUGUCGUGUUAUACGAUAUGUAAUUAUAUUUAUUACGCGAAUCGACGCGAGGAGAGAAGGAGGAACUUAUUACAAAAAUACCCAAUCGACGAAGUGGUGAUGAAUAAUUGUAUAAUGUAAACGUUAAAAUUUUUAUUUUCCACGACGAUAGUUAUGUGAAUAUAUUGCUACAGUCCGAUCCAAAUAUAAUCAAGCUUUUGUAACACUAAUUAUAAUAAAAGUCUAAUGAUGAUACUGCUAAUCACGUAAUUGUAUCGCACACACGGUAAUUAAACGAAAGAGAGAAAGAGGGGGAGGGAAAAGAAAGAGAGAGAGAGAAGAAAAAGGGAAGAAGGAAAAAAGAGAUAAAGAAGAGAAAGAAGUACGAGCUACAAGCGAGUCUCGUUUUUCGCGUGCACGCAGGAGAACAGUACGCCAAAAAUCUUUACAAAUUCAAGCCGAGUUGCCACCAUUGGUCCCGUUAAGCAAACGACUCGUCGCUGUUCCUUUUCCCCAGAGUCACAUUUCUCUCGCCUAUUGGCCGUGUAUAAUGUUACGGAGAAGCGCAUAAUUGCGUGAACGAGCUUCUGUCCGACACAAAAAAUUCACAGCACGGGCAUCCUCGCCGAUACUGGAACGUCCUCCUUUAAGCGCACGACCCUUUUGCCGCGCUAUUCCUUAUGCUACGCGCGAAGAAUACUGUCAUGUGUAUCUACAGAGUAUUUUGCAAUAACAUGUGUUUUCUAACAAAAGAGAAAAAACAAUCACAAGAUGGCCCGCGAUCAUCACCGGCGUUCUAAUGUGUCUUCACCCCUGCGAAAGUGCGCGGAUCGUGAGAGGAUCGCUCGGUGAAGCCGAGUUCCCGAUUUUAGAGGUCGGCAGUUGGUCUGCUAAACGAUUGAAUUCGAGACCUUUGGACUAUUUUUUACCAAAUCUUUUUCAACAAGGGAUCACACAUCCGCCUGAUAAUCUGCCCUCGCACGGCGUGAUGAUAGCGCGUCUCGUUCGGAGUUCUGAAACUCUCAAACCGCCCUGCGAUCUCGAACAUGGGGAACGUGAUUUCCCGGAAUCAAGGAUCCCCGACCGCCUCUUCACGAUUCGUCGUACCUCUCCUUUUGCCUCUCUUCAGAAAACGGCAUUUUGUUGCACCUUCGACCGCUCGAGAGAGAUUCUUCGCCAAGCCAUUUCCAAUUUCGUUCCACACGCGUCAUCCCGCAUACCUAAGAACGAAUAACGCAUAACGCAUAAUGAGAUAUUUUGUGAUCCUCGUCACACAUUACACGCCAAUUUACGCAUAUAUACACACACAUACACACAGGCGCACUUUCUCACACACAUACACGCGUUAAGUAAAGUCAAUUAUAUUUAAUCAGCGGACGAUACUUAGCAGUUAUAAAGCGUACCCAGAUAUAUCUCUUGGGCAUUGCACCUGCACAACAGGGUAUUUUUGCGGCCCUUCGUGCGUGUAUUCACAGGGUGUCUCGUUGAAUUUAAGCGAAACAAGAGGAAAAAACCAAGAAAAACUCUGAAAAAAGUUGUAGCUGUUCCAGAGUGCAGAAUAUGAACGCAGUGGGAGAGAGAGAGAGAGAGAGAGAGAGAGAGAGAGAGAGGGAGAGAGUGAGCGAUGAGAGAAAGACAACGAAUGAGAGGAAGGGAUCGAAAGGGAAAAAGAAAGAGAUACAACUAUUUUUCCAUUUGCAAGCCAUUGCUGCAAGCCUUUUUCUUCGCACAGUGAGCGCGCUGAAGGACUCGGUGAACCGUGAUUCCUUGAAAUUUCGUCCAGCUCCUUGAGCCAGCACAAUCUUUAAAUCACUUUCGAGACGCUGAAUCGCUUGCGACGUUUCUUUCCCGUCUGCGAUACGAGAGAGAAAGAAUUAGAAGAAAGAAAGGAAGAAGGGAGGGAGGAAGACAGAGAAGGUGAACCGAAAAUUUUGUAAUACCGUAUUCGCGCUGCGAUAAUCUCCCCGCGAUAUUUGUACCUAACGCAAUCAGAAUUUCUAAAGAUUUUUGGAUAUACGCCAUAAGAGCGGGUGUGCGAGAGAGUGAGAGGGAGAGAGUGAAAGUGAGAAAGCGAGCGAGAGAGAGAGAGAGAGAGAGAGAGAGAGAGGUGAUAAUUAAAUUUCUGCGAACGCGCGAGGUUGCCCGGUUUCGGAAACGUUAUCACAUUUAUCAAAGCGAAAGAGACGCGGCCCGGAUCACAUGGAGGACGUCCUCAUUGCAACACACUGUGUGUGUGUGUACACACGCAGCAGCAGCAGCAGCAGUAACAUACAGAGAGACAGAUAUACGUAAUUUCACACACACACACACAUACACACACUCCACACUCACGGAUACUCGCCCAUACAUAAACACACACAUACACACACGUACCGUAGUUGUGGCAGCUCGUACUACGUUCUUCUCGUUUCCAUAGUUAAAGCAAACGUAGCGGAUAAUAAACGGUAGCGUAACGAUAACGAGUAAAAUAAACGAUAACGAUACUAAUAAAUAGUAAAGGAUAAUAAUAAAACCAAGUAAAAUGUUAUUCGCAGAGUCGUAGUGAAAGAAAGACAGGAAGAAAGAGAAAGCAGGAAAGAGAGAGAGAGAGGGAAGAGUUUUGCGGGAGGAUCUGUGGUAUAUCUCGUAAAAUCGCUGCGACUCCCCGGUACCUUUAGAUAAUCGAUGCAGCAAUCGGUCAAAUUAUCUUAACUCACUUCCGAAUACGUAGAACAUGACUGUAUACGACGAUUGUUAAUCCGAUGAAUGCACUCGGAACGCGCAAUAUCGGCGAGGCAAACGAAAGGCAAAAUAAAGGAAAUAAGAGAGAAACUUUCUUUACGAUAUCGUCAAGCGAGAGAAAAAACGAGCAAAGAAUAACGGAUACCUUUCAGUCAUGUGCCUUUGACACCUUUUUGAAAGAGAACCAUAUUCUGCCGAGGUCGGCAGAAGAUGUAAAAGAUAAGAAUAAGGAUAUAAACGGGAACGAUUUAGUAAUUUACAUAUCAAUUAACAAUUUUUAUCAUCUCGUUGAUAAAUCAAAUAUAAUGUAUGACGCGAUUAUCGUCACUUAACCGUAGAUCUUCUUUAUUUCGUCCAAAGCUCAUUAUAUUUUCGCGAGACGGAAGAGAGACGAAACUCUGUUACUGUUAAAAUAACCGUUAUCGUCAGAUGCCGUUAUUUUAACGAAUUAUUAUUACUUUUAAUAAGUAAUAAACAAACUAUCGAUGCACAACGUGAGAGUAAAGAAUUAGGAACAGUUAUUGAGAAGGAACGCUUCAACGUUGUGGAUGUUCUAUUUUUGAUAGUUAUCAAACGCAACGAAUCGUGACUCCUGUUUCCUGUUUUCCUUGGUUUUUUAUACUACAAAUUAUCUUGUCCUCCUUGUAUGUAACUUAUUAUAUAAUUCGCAUAAUGAUCCUUGAUUCUUGUCUUGUCAUAUCCUUGAUUCUUGUCUCUCUCACAUUCUGACCUCGCUCGUUUAACGCAUCAUUCGAAAGACAGAGAGGCGACCAAGCGAGAUCCCGUAUUGCGCGUUCACAGCAGGAUCGAGUUUUUAACUCGUGGUGAUCCCGGCGACGUCCUGACAGCCGCAAUCGCUUCCGAAACCAGGGGAAAUCGACCCUAAUAUACAAUAUAUAUAGAAUCUAGAAUAUAAAAUGAAGAAACUACAAGAUAUAGAAGAGAACCCGGCUGAGAAAUAGAGUGAAACAUACCGGUGGUUAGACGUAUCGUAAAGACGAUAAGCGAUCUUUUCUUAGGGGGGAAAUGAUGAUUAAUCGAUAAAUCGGUAAAUAAACAAAGAAUAAAACGAGAGUAACGUAAACGAUAAUUCUUCUUCUUUAGCGCAGUAAGAGGGCGACUAAAAAAAGAAUAUACAAAAGCGGGGAAUAUUUUGAAUGACGACGCGAAUCGAGCGGAGCUCGGGCAGGGGACGGGACGGGGAGCGGGAGGGAAGAGAGAUUAAUGAAGAAACAAAAUAAUAAUGUCCAUGUUGCUAAACUUAGCAGUGAGGUAGAUCGCGUAUAGGCGACGUCUUAGUUUAAAAAAUUAGUCCUUAGUACAGUGAGAAAGGGAGAGCGAAAGUGCGAGAGAGCGAGAAAGAAAAAGGGGGAGAAAGGGAAGAACACACAUCUGUACA